AUGGCCCUCCAAGUGCUCCUGUUGGCUCGCGUUCCACAACGCGAUAUGGCCGCAAUGCGCGAAUCAAUUCAAACUCUGCAACGAGACAUGCUUGCCAAGGAUGAAAUCAUUGCUGACUUGCGCGAUGAGAUGGGGGUGUUGCACAAGCGCUUGCGAGAGCGAGGCCUGGGCAUGACCCUGGACAACCGUCUGGUCCGAUUGGAGCGUUCCCAGCGCCAUGAGAGUCAAGUUGCUGAGCAGACCGUGGGGUCGCAGCAAGCUCUGGACAAUAUCCGCUACGAGCUUACGAGUCUCCGACAGCUGAAGGGCAUCCAUGAUAUCCCCACGCCCCGCGCCGCCUCACAUGCCGCGUCGGUUCAACGUGACGUGGGUCACUUGACCCAGGAGACGACUCAGCUACAAGGCCUGGUGACUCGCCUGCAGAUGGAACUCAACACUGCUACCACCGGCCUGCUUGAACAGCGCCAUCGCUUGGAUAAGAUGCAGCGUGAGGCAGAUGUGCGCCGACCUGAUGACCACGCUGCGGCCCACGAGCUUCAGACCCUUCGUGCCGAGGUAGAGGCUCUGCGGCGAACAUGUGGAUCGGCUGCUAAUAUGCCGCGAGCCUCCUCGGCAUCCAUGCCGGCUCACGAGGACGUGGAUGCCCGCUCGUGGCAGCGACCUUUGCAUCACACGAGCUAUUCCCGAUCUGCAAAGGACCUUCAUGCUAGUCAGGCUGCACCACAUGACAUGAGUUUGUUUGCAGGCAUGUCGGACCAUGACACGAGCUUGCCUCCAUUGGACGCUGAAGACUUUGAUGAACGCUUGGACCUGCUCCUUGGCAACUAUCCAACAGACUUGGAUUGA